GCGGCGGCGCGGGCCGGGCGGCGCGAUGGCGGGGCUGUCGGUGCGGGACCCCGCCGUGGAUCGCUCCCUGCGCUCCGUGUUCGUGGGGAAUAUCCCGUACGAGGCCACAGAGGAGCAGCUGAAGGACAUCUUCUCGGAGGUUGGGCCUGUGGUCAGCUUCAGGCUGGUGUACGACAGGGAGACGGGAAAGCCCAAGGGCUAUGGCUUCUGUGAGUACCAGGACCAAGAGACGGCGCUCAGCGCCAUGCGGAACCUCAACGGGCGUGAGUUCAGCGGCAGGGCCCUCCGCGUUGACAAUGCCGCCAGCGAGAAGAACAAGGAGGAGCUCAAGAGCUUGGGCACGGGUGCACCCAUCAUAGAGUCACCCUACGGGGACCCCGUCAGCCCCGAGGACGCCCCCGAGUCCAUCAGCCGGGCAGUGGCCAGCCUGCCCCCCGAGCAGAUGUUUGAGCUGAUGAAGCAGAUGAAGUUGUGUGUCCAGAACAGCCCCCAGGAAGCCAGGAACAUGCUUCUCCAGAACCCCCAGCUGGCCUAUGCCCUGCUGCAGGCCCAGGUGGUCAUGAGGAUCGUCGACCCGGAGAUUGCACUGAAAAUCCUGCAUCGCCAGACCAGCGUUCCUCCCCUGAUCCCAGGCAGCCAGCAGGCAGGGCCAGGGCCAGGGCCAGGCCCCAAUGCCCAGCUGAACCCGCAGAGCACCCCCUCGUCCCAGCCACAGCCCAUGGGUGGGAUGCAUGUGAAUGGAGCUGGCCCGCUGCUGCAGCCACCCCUGCAGGGAGGGGUGCCGGCCCCAGGGCAGAUGGCAGCCCCCGUGCAGGGCCCUGGCCCUGGGCCCAUGGCUCCAGGAGGUGGGCUGCAGCCGCAGGUGGGGAUGCCGGGCGGAGGGCCUGUCCCCUUGGAGCGUGGCCAAGGGAACCUGCAGCUCUCGCCCGUGGGACCUGCCAGGCCUGCGUCUAUCGAACGCGUCCAAGUGCCCAUGCCAGACCCGAGGGCCCCUAUGCAGCGUGGACCUCUACCCGCUAGUGGCCCGCCGCCCCGAGGCCUUUUGGGAGAUGCCCCGAAUGACCCUCGCGGAGGGACCCUGCUCACAGUCACUGGAGAAGUGGAGCCCAGAGGUUACCUUGGGCCACCCCACCAGGGAGCCCCUAUGCACCAUAUGCCUGGGCAUGACAGCCGGGGCCCCCCCCACGAGAUGAGGGGGGGACCCAUGGGAGAGCCCCGACCGCUGAUGGGAGAGCCGCGGGGGCCCCUGAUGGACGCUCGAGUGGGAAGAGACCCCCGGGGACUGGAGCCGCGAGGGCUGGAGCCGCGGGUGCUGGAGGCACGAGCUCUGGAGGCACGGGGGCUGGAGGCCAGGGCCAUGGAGGCCAGAGCUAUGGAGGCUAGGGCACUGGAGGCUCGGGGCUUGGAGCCCCGCGGGCCUGGCCCCAACCCACGCGGCCCCAUGCCCGGUGGCAUCCAGGGACCCGGGCCACUGAACAUGGGAGCCAGUGGCCCGCAGGGGCCCCGCCAGGUUCCUAACAUGGCAGGGGCAGGCAUGCAGGGAGGAGGCAUUCCUGGAGCAGGGGUCCAAGGAGCUGGUCAGCCCGGAGGCUUUAGCCCUGGACAGAGCCAGGUCACUCCCCAGGAUCACGAGAAGGCAGCCCUGAUCAUGCAGGUCCUGCAGCUGACAGCAGACCAGAUCGCCAUGUUGCCGCCCGAGCAGCGGCAGAGCAUCCUCAUCCUGAAGGAGCAGAUCCAGAAGUCCACGGGGGCUCCCUGACAGACCAGCUGUGCUGGAGGUGCCGAGGUGACACUUGCUCCGUGACAGCUGCUUACUGUUUCUGUUUGGGCUGAUGCUGUGGUUUGGGAGAGGUUUCUCUUCCCACCCCCAAUGUUUGCCCCUUACCUCCAUUCUUCCUUUUUGUUUUUUUUUUCUGUGUGUAUAUUUUUUGAUGUUUGAAAUAAAUUGAGAGGGGGGUUUGAGUAAA